AUGGCAGUGCGGAACGCAAUCGUUCAUUCAGACGAUAGCAAUUCUAGUGUCUUGUGCCCUCUUCGAGCGCGAGUGGAAAAUGGACAUAAUGCGUCGGUGUCCACCAAGCUCGCCCUCGAGUCACUCUUCCCCGACAAGGACCUAUAUCUCUCCGAGUCUUCAGAAUCUUCCCUAUCCUCUGGCAAAACCCUUGAGACUAUAAGUGAUUUCGAUGCGAAUAGAACUUUGAUUCCUCAACAAAUAAGUCAUUACGAAUACGGAGCUGAGUCUAUUGCACCUUGGAGUGAAACGGAUGUGAGCUACACCCUACCACCGAUAGACACGACGACAGGAGCUACAGUUACUAAACAAGCAAAGCAAGCCACAAAUAUGCCAGAAUACGCCGCAAGGCUCAGAAUUCGAAGGAAACCAGUUACAAACCAGAAAGACGCUGAUGACGAAAGCCUUAGCGACGACUUGAUGAGUCCCUCUGAUAUGGAAAGCACCGGAGACGCUACUAGCAGGAGAACAAACAAAAGCCGUGAUUUGGACCCUUCGUAUGACCCCAAUCAAGAAGACGAGGACCCGGAUGAAGAUGAUCAAUUCUCCCUAAGGAUUUCCAAAGAUGGUCGGAGGAAACGAGCUCUCGACCCGACGUAUACUCCCAGCAAGGACGACGUCGGUGAAGAUGAUGACGAUGAAGAACUUACAGGGGGCUCACAGCGAAAGAGGAGAAGGACUUUAGACCCUGCCUUCGUUCCUGACGAAUAUGAGGACGAUGACCAGGACAAGUUCCUGGGUUCAUUGAAGAGGGCCAAGUGCAGGACUGCAGACAAACGGUCCUCGAAAAGGAAAGCAACCUCUGAUACUGGAGUUGGGAAUCUACCUACUCCUAGCAAAGCCACACCUUCCCGAGCCGCGAAAAGGAUGAAGACUGAACCAACACCACCUCCAAGUGUCCCCGUUUCUCCGGCUCUCGCAGAUCCCCAGCCAGAUAAUUCUGACGAAGAUGCGGUCACCAAAAAUCCGUGGGAGCUUGUAAACGCCAAAACACACCCAAACCACCCCUUAGUGCUGAAAGCGAUGAAAGUCCUCAACAAGAUUGCGGAUGAUAGAAACAGAGCCUUCUUCGCGCUCGCCAAAGCUCAUCAACGCUCUCGAAAGAGUUAUCCGGUCCUCUUGGCAGAUAAUACAAAUGACGAGGCUCAUACCCAGGGCAAGGUAGACCCUUCACGAAAGAGAAACCAAAACUGUGACGCUGUUGUGCGGCAUUCUGACUCUGCCGCACGAGUAGGCGAUACUCUAGCGAUCCAGGAAGAUGAAGCAAACGAUUCUGUACCAGAUCUGUCACUGGAAAGAGCGAAGCGCUGGGCAAACGCUGUCAAUGUGCCCAAGGGUCUUUGGAGCGAAGUGGAGAAACAACUUUUCUAUCGAAUCGCCAUGAGGGGUUUUGAACCUUUGCUUCCCAAGCAGUGGCAUUACGACUUCUCCACACUGCCGAAUCCCCUGUUCGCUGUUUCUGGUGAGAAACCGUCGCCGUUGAUCAAUGCAAUCAAAGGCUCGGAAUUCUACGGCUUUGUUAUCAGCGGCCCAGUGGUCGCCAUCUUAACCCUGAACACCGACCCUUCCGCUGCAAAGGGCCAACUGGGAACUGAAGACAGCCACUUCAUUUGCCAACUCGAUCUCAGUGAUCAGGGUCAAGAUGUGUGGAACUCACUUGCAGUGGCAAUAUCUGUCAUGCAUAUCCGCAACACCAUGAUGGAGCUUGCGGAACAUGAUUUGGCAGGUUUGUGCAGAUAUAAUGCAGAUGCAGAUGUGGUAGUGGACCAAGAUCUAGUCGCAAAAGGCACAAAUCCACUAAAGGUGCAAAGUUUCGUCAUGGACGACAGUGACGAUAGGGAGAUCAAGUUACAGAGAGCGUCCGGUGACUUGGUCAAGGAAUUCUCCGCCAAGCUUCCAUCUCUGCUCUGGAAACCGCGGAAUGAGGAGAGACAGAGUAAUCGAGUCCCACGACGAUGGACGCAGGCUGCCAAGGCAGAGAGACUUAUAAACCUUCUUGAGCCUUUUCAAGAAUGGCCGCAGCUGCUAGACCCGCAUCUGCAGGCGCUUCUGCCUCCUCUGGUGGAUGCCUUCCUCGCUUACCUGGUCAAAUAUCGCGACCAAUAUGGCUCUAGAGCUCCCAAGACAGAGCAGCAGGUGCUGUAUCCCUUGCCAAGGGCCAUCUGUCGGCUUCUCUACUCCUUUUGCAAGGUCCGCGGGGUCAAAGUUAUCAGUCGGUUUCUGAACAAUGAGCCUAAGUACCUUGAUCCUUUGUUGCGGGCGUUCAUCGACUGGGAUGCGCUCGCUGCGGACGAAUCUUACGGAGAAAACCCGCGACAAUUAGUUUGGGAGGAGCGCUACGUGAUGCUGAUUUGGCUUUCGCAUUUAUUGCUCGCCCCCUUUGACCUUUCGUCCUUGUCCUCGGACGAUAUCCCGGUACCGUUCGACAAUCUGGGUCAAAUCAAGCCAUUACCGGCGCAUGCGCCAAUGGUAGCAAAGUCUCUACUUUCGGUGACACUGAAAUAUGUCAAUGUCCCUGGUAAAGAACGGGAGGCUGCCACUCUGUUGCUUGCGCGGCUUAUUUUGCGGCGGGACAUGCAAGCCCUUGGGCUCCUGACUAAUCUUACAGAAUGGGCUUUUGCUGUCUUGAAUCCUGGAAAAAGCGAAGAACUUCCUUCAGUAUACACGUGUAUCGGUGUUUUAUCUUUCCUGGGACGAUUAGGCGCUUCAGGCCAGGUGGAUGAGUUUGCGCCCUUGAUCAUCCCCACCUUUGAACGCACUCUGCAUAUUGCACAGGAGCGAACGGGUGUAUCUGAGAUCAUCAGUUCGUCUGCUCUUGCUCGCAAGAUUAUCAUCAAGAUUCUGCGAACUGUKACAGUCAUGGCACUGUCACUUAGCGAAAAAGCAAACAGCCCAAUUCCAGCGGACAAAGUUUCUUCGAUUCUGGAAGAGUCAAUCGAUCACUUGUUGGUGUCUCUCGCCGAUAAGGAAACACCUGUCCGCUUCGCCGCAAGCAAAGCACUCAGUAUCAUUACUCUGAAGUUGGACCCGGACAUGGCGUCUGAAGUUAUCGAGGCUGUCACUGGCUCCUUGGAAGAAAAUAUACUUUACGAGAAGCCGGAUGGCACAAUUGUUGCACCGUUCGAAGCGCGAAAGAUUGGGCUGAAUCUACUUAAGCGAAACUUGAAUGCGGUAGAUGCGCAAAGGUGGCAAGGCUUGAUACUCACACUGGGGCAUUUACUCUUUCGACGCGCUCCUCCAACCCAUCAACUUCCACAUGUACUGCAGCCGCUAAUCUCUGGUCUCGAUUUCGAACAACGAUCGUCUACGGGAAGCUCGGUAGGCACUGGUGUCCGAGAUGCUUCUUGUUUCGGAAUAUGGGCAAUCUCUCGCAAAUACACGACCCAGGAACUGUUGAUGUUGAACACACAAACGAUAAGCACUCCAUCGCGUCAGGAUGAAAAGAGCAUCUUGCAAAUGCUGGCAACAGAAUUAGUAUGUGCCGCUUGUAUGGAUCCUUCAGGGAAUAUCCGAAGAGGCGCCUCUGCAGCUCUGCAGGAGCUGAUCGGCCGCCAUCCCAACACCAUUGCCGAGGGGAUUCCAUUAGUUCAGGUGGUGGAUUAUCAUGCAGUUGCGAGACGAUCACGAGCGAUGAUUGACGUUGCGAAAGCCACCGCUGCACUAAGUCACCAUUACUGGAGUCCACUUGUGGAAUCUCUGUUGGGCUGGCGAGGAAUCGGAUCUCCUGAUGCUGAGUCCAGAAGACAAGCCGCAAAAGCAAUCGGAGAACUCAGUGUUCACGAAUCGUACAAGACGCUUAGCGUAGUGCUUCACCGAUUACGGCAGAAGCUAUCGAGUCUUCCUCGCGGUGACGUCGAGGCGAGACAUGGCUGUUUGCUGUCUAUUUCCGCCACAGUAGAUGCCUUCAAUGCGCACAAAGCCACAACGAGGGACAGCAAGGAACAAUCUGAAGCCAUUCUUGCUGCACAACAGGUUACCGAUCUUUGGGACAUUUUUAGCUCAGCAGUCGGCCCUACCAAGGAGGACCUAACACUUCAAAUUUCUCGACCGGAAUUGACAGCUGAGGCCUCAUCGCGCUUGAUUCGUUCGCUUUCCCUAUCAGUUACGCAAGGAAAUGAGCCUACUUGCUUUCAGCCAUCAUCUUCUUCACUCAACCGAGCACAUGAGACUCUCUUGCUAUGUUUAUCUCGGAGUGAAGAGGUUGCUAUAGAAGCAUCAUCUGAAGCUGUAUCCGAGUUCUUCCCUCUUCUAUCAUCACCUAAACAGGAAGAAACAAUCCAAGAUUGGUUCGCACACAUACGUGCUACUUGGAAGCUGCCAACGGGCCGAGGACAGAUCUCGGUUCUAGGGGCGGUGUUCAGGCAACUUGAACCGGUCAAUAGUCUGAGACAGUCUGUGGUCGAGGCAUUGCUUCGCUGCACUGAUAAGGAGGAGUUGAUCGAGAAGAGGGUAGUAGCGGUCAAAAGUUUGACUACUGGGGUUUUGCCCCAUAUCGCUAUCACGGAGGAUAUUGCAAAUCAUAUCAUGAGAUUUCUGAAUGACUACACAACUGACAGGCGAGGUGAUGUUGGGUCCUUGUUGAGACUGGAGGCAAUUCAAGCUGCAAAGAUUAUCCUCAGACAUCAAUCUCGUCCUGAAUCCCGCUCUGUCUAUGCUCAGAAUAUAGUGGGCUGUCUUUGCCGGCUUGCUGCAGAAAAGUUGGACAAAGUCCGUCUACAAGCUUGGAUUUGUCUACAGGAAUUCUGGGCGUUAGCCGAAGACUUUCCACCGUUACAGAAAAAAUAUGACCAUUUCAGCCAUGUGUCUUCCACUGAUUACUUCCUUCAGUUGCUUCAGCUGCAAGCGAUCGAUUGGCUACGCUUACCAUUGUUUCAAGGAUUGGCAACAUCUGCUGUUGCUGGUGCUGAAGGGCUCAUCCGUUCUACUCGCCUAGCACUGGUGCAGAGCCUCAGCCGCUACAGUGGAACGGAGCAGCAGAUCAAAGCGCGCGCUAUUUUGAAGGACCUUGGAGUCAUAUUGAGCGAUAAUCUGCACGAUGAUCGCUAUGCCAUACCGUCAAUGGAAUUUGCAGCGUUUCUUUUGGACGGCUAUGUCUCCUCAGUGUCUGAAGAGUCUGAACCAAGUUUCAGAAAGCUCUUCGUGCUUGUGCAAAAGGCACACUUUAAGACCACGAAUAUGGCAAGGCUCGAAGCUUCAAUCAAAGUCUACGCGUCUCUGUGUCGGUUGGAGCAUCUAAGGGUAGACGUCCUGAAGAAGAUGGUCGGAAUGCUUCUGCAUCCAUUUCCUAGGAUCCGCUCAAGCGUAGCAGACUACUUAUUCAUGGAGACUGGGUCAGACCUUGUGAAAGACGAGGAUUGGACCAAAGCCCCAAAGCAACUCAAGGGUCAAGCUGAGACUUUACGGGCAAUGUUGCGACUAUAA